UUUGAUAGUCUACUGUGAUAGUCAUUUGUCAGUUUGUGACAGUCUUGACAACUUGUGUUGUCUAUGGUUUCAAAAAACAUUGAAACUGACAGAAUAAAGCAAUCACAUUUUCGUUUUAAACUGUAUAUUUUAAAAGCGAAGUUUUAAUUUCUUCUAUUUAAUGAGAUUUUCAACGAAUAUAUCUCAUUUUGAUACCGAAAAGCCGAACAAGUAAACCGAAAAAGUAAAUAUGGAAGUUCAAUAUGGACCGAACGCUAUUGACGAGCCGGAUCUUUUGUAUAAACUGCAACGCAAGAUUAAGGUUUUCAACACAAGCAGUUCUUUACCAAAUCGAGGCUAUAAUUUAGUCGCUAGCUGUAGUAAAUAUGGCAUUGUUUUUGUUCUUGCACCUAAUUCAAUAUUAUCAGCUUACUACUUAAAGGAUCUGAUGAACAAGGAGUGUGAGCCACAGCAUGUAUCAUUGAAGCUUCAAACAGAACCAACUCAUAUAGCUGUAAAUUGUGACCAAGAAUGGUUAGCAGUUAUAAGCAAAACUAUGCUCUUUGUGUAUAAGACUCUAGAUUUUCAAAAUCCGAAUGCAUCACCAUCAUUCUCUAUUAAAUUAGAUAUCAACCCAGCUACUUUUGUCUCAGCUGUGCAAUGGAAUCCUUGUAUAAUUGAUACUAUAGCCAUAGCCUUCUUUGACGGCACUUUACUUGUCAGUCAGGUUACUACUAUGCAAGUCAAGAAAAUGCAAUCUAAUGUCAGAUGCAUUUGCUGGAGUCCGAAAGGCAAACAACUUGUUACUGGUAAUAAUGAUGGCUCACUCUGUCAGUAUAAACCAGAUCUGUCACCAAUGAAAAUGGUACCAGCCCCAAAUCUAUUUGAUGGGGCUCCAAUUGAAGUUCUAGCUAUACAUUGGAUAUCAACGUACCAAUUUCUAGUUGUAUACAAACAUGCCACGGAUAAUGUAAGACCAGCUGUUACAAUUGUAAAUAUACCAAAGGGUGGUCAGCCAUCUUGUCUUAAUUUUGAAGAUAUUUGCUACAGUUUGGGCUCAACUAGACCAUGGUAUUACUACCUGUAUGGAUUAACACAAUGGAAUAUGGUACUAGCAUCAUCAUCUAAUAGUUCAGAGAUAGCAACUCUUGCUUCACUUGAUGGCUGUAGCUGGAAGCAAUGGUGUCAGAUUGAUGAAGCAAGGCCUGAAUUACCUUUGACAGACGGAAAUCAAGAUAACUAUCCAGUUGGUCUGUGUGUUGAUACUUGCGCUAUUCAUCAGUUGCCAUGGGGUGAGAAUCAGACAUUACCACCGAUGCCACUACUCCAUGUGUUAUCUCACACUGGAAUGUUGUCUAUUUUUAAUAUAAUCAACUUAAAGAAAGAUGCUGCAAUGUUCUGUGUACCACCACAGCAAAUUACUUUACCCGCUAAUGUUAUGACAAGUUCUAUUCCUGACGAUGUUCCUCACUCGGUGACAGUUACAUCUUCGGCUCCUGUCAGUCAACCUGUCUCACAACCAGUGCAACAAGUUCAAGCACCAACACCCGUCCAACCCCCACCAAUGACCAACCAGUCGGGGCAGUCGUUUGCAAACUUCUGUGCAGCACAACAGCAGUUGAUGAAGGAAGCUGAAGCUAUUACAGGAUUGUUUCCAGCCGCUCCUCCUCAGGUUCCUGAAAUAAAACCAAUUGAAACGAAACCACAAGCACCUGCCCCUCAGAACAUUGUUACUUCCACUCCUAAACCAACAAAAGUAGAGGUGUCCGAAGCCCAAUCACCGAUACAACAAACACAAGAGAUGAACGCAGCACUGAAAAGUGAACAGGAGAGAGUUAACAAGCUGAAAGUCAAUGAGGAACUAAUGAAUAUGUUGAUACGAGAAGUUAAUGACUUCCAAAUGGAAUUGUACAAGUUUCAAGUGAAGACCAGAGAGGCUCAUAUAAAGUUGCAACAAGAGAUAGAAUCAAUGGGAUCAAAUAUCAACAUUAAAUCUCAAGACAUUAUACAAUUGAAGAAAGACAGCGCUGUCAAUGAGAUUCGCGAAACUAUCAUAAUGUUAAAGUUGGAUCUUGUACGAGUCUGUGCAGCGGUGGCUGAAGCUCGGACACAUGCGGAGACAAGACAAAUGCACGAAUGGACUCAAGCGGAUCCCCUUACAAUGAAGCGAGUGUCCGCUAUCAAGAAGCUUGCCUACUACGUACAAACUCAGUUAGAUCAAGCUCACAAAGCACUCGACCAUAAGUGGAAUGAAAUGACUUCCAAGACGCAGUACGAAAGACCAGGAGAACGUAUGCUUCGGCCGAUACUCGACGAUAUCUAUCAACCACUUGUAAAACAACAAGAAAUACUGACACGACAAAAGGCGGUACUCAAAACGUUACGAAAUACUCUAAAAGAAUGCGGAGAUGUUGCACCCAUGUUGAAAUCAACAUCCAUAUUGAGAAGCACACCAUUUAGAAACAAAGCAGAUCCCAUCUCUAAAGUGACAAAAAGUAUUCACAAUAUGAGCUUGGAGCCCGAACAAGAAAGAGGAGAACAGAUGAUGUCAAAUCAGAAGCUUGAUGCACUAAGAGACAUGCUGUCAAAUCACAAAACUGUCAAGAUUAAACCUGUCAAUAUCGAGCUGGGAGAAAAGUUAACGGAAAUGAGAAUAAAGUACGAGAACAGUGUGAAAGAAAGGAAAGCAAUGCUGGAAAAACAACAACAAAUUGUGGUCAAACAAGAGUCCCAAACUUCUAAAGUAAAACAAGAGAUAAAACCUGAUGUAUCCAUAAAGCGGGAAACAGAAGUAAUAAAAUCUGAACCAAAGAAUGAAACAGCAAUGACUUCAGUAUUAAAUGUACCCUCUUACAAACCAUUUAGUAAUGUACAGUCAUACAAACCUGGAAUGGCUAAUGUUACUAGAACACUAUUUACAGAUGAACCAAAACAGGAGCCAGUUAAGUUUCAACCGAAACCAGUUCCAGUGCAAACAGCGGCUAUGCCGGAACAAAAGCUACAAAAUAUGGCUGUCACCAGUACCACUCUAAGUCUGCUCAAAGACAUGCUACAGAGUAAAUCUCAAGCUAAUGCUGAAGCUAAAAAUGAUGCUAACACGUUUAUGGGACAAUCUAUAUGCACACCUACUGGAUUUACUUGUAUAAUAUCGUGUAUCACAAAAAUAUUUUCAGUGUCCAAAACAGCAACGUCGGUAGCAGCUAACAUUGCUGAAAUCGAAAAAAUGCGUAAUAAAAUGCAGUUACCAUCAGCGACUACCAAACCAAUAUUAUUUGGUACUAACAUUAAAUCUAGCGAGACAGGCGAGGCGGAAGGUAAUACCUCAAAUAAACCUCUUGGAGAGAAGACUGUCACUAAUGUAUUCAGUUUAAAACCAACUGCUUUAGCAGCUGCAAAAGUCCUUAAUGUACCAGACAUAGUAAAAACCAGCAACCAAGCUGCAACAAAAGUAGAGGCGAAGACUAAAGAAGAAUUGAAAGAUAAAGAAAAAUCAACGGCAAAACUAAAAGAAAAUGUUGCCGAAAAGGAAAACAAAAAGGUACUAAAUGAGCCCGAAAAACUGUCUGAUGAUAAGAAAGAUGAAGCAAAAUCAUUUAAUUUAUCUAAUAAUCCAAGAGCUGUUUUCUCAUUACCAUCAUCAUUGCAAAUUUCCAAAUUGCAAGUGGCCUCGACAACACAAGCUACUUCAGUUAUUUCAUCGCCAAUGACGUCUUCAACAUCCACAAAAGAAUCAACACAAGUUCAAAAAUCUGAACCGGUUGCAACACCAUCUUCGAUAUUCGGCGCUGCGUACACUGCGGAGAAGCAGCAGAAUUCUGACAGCAAGCCAACAUCUCCAACCGGAUCUAUAUUCGGAACAAAAUCAACAUCGAAUAUAUUUGGAACCAGUAUCUUUGGAACAUCGACUGCUACUACAACAACUACUUCGACUGCAAAGUCUAUUUUCGGUAGUGCUGUAUUGUCAACUACUUUCCCCACGUCUUCUUCAGCAUCUGUAACAGAAUCGAAAACUUCGGCUUCUGACUCUAAAACAGAUGCAACAAAAACCCAGGCACCAACACAAAUCACACCUUCGACUACCACUUCUACCGCACCCACUACCACCACCAAAACCCAACCAGUAGACAAUACUACUGACACAACUGUAACACAGAGUUCAUUGACCGCAUCAACGGCGGCGCCUGCUUUAACAGCCACGUCUACAGCCAGUGUAUUUGUAAGUGUUCCCACAACUACACAAAGUAUAUUGAGUACCUCCACAACUGCUGCAGGUGCACCCACCACGACCCAACAAUCAAUUUUUGGUGGUGCUACAACACAAUCGUCUAUCAUCGAAAAAUCGACGCCUUCACAAGCCUCGAUAUUCGGAUCUACGACACCAACGACUCAAAAUUCCACAGCCCCCACUACUACACAAGCUUCAAUAUUUGGAACUAUCACGGCGACAACUCAAGCUUCCAUAUUCGGAUCACCCGCUACAACAACUCAAGCUUCGAUAUUCGGGUCUCCGACUUCAACGACACAAGCUUCCGUAUUUGGAACUGCCACAACAACAACACAAGGCUCUAUAUUUGGAACUUCUACAGCAACAACAGAAGCUUCAAUAUUUGGAACUUCAACAGCAACAACACAAGCAUCAGUAUUUGGAAUUACUCCAGCAACAACACAAACUUCAGUAUUCGGAACUCCCACAACAACAACAACACAGGGGUCAAUUUUCGGUACUCCGACUCCGACAACACAAAGUUCGAUAUUUGGAACUCCCACUGCAACAACACAAGCUACGAUUUUCGGAACUCCCACUGCGACAACACAAGCUUCGAUAUUUGGAACUCCCACUGCGACAACACAAGCUUCGAUAUUUGGAACUCCCACUGCGACAACACAAGCUUCGAUAUUUGGAACUCCCACCACCACAACACAAGGCUCGAUAUUCGGAACACCAACAACAACACAGUCUUCGUCAUUGUUCGGCGGCGGUGAAGGAAAUUUAUUUGCUGCAGCCACUAUAUCUACUACGAGCGCAGCGACUCCGGCUAGCGGAGGAAAUAUUUUUGGAGGCAGUUCCGGUUCAAUAUUUGGUGGUGGUAAUACAAAUGUAUUUGGAGGCAAAACUACUUUCGGACAACCCAACCAAUCAGCAGCGUCCAUAUUCGGAACAGCGAACGCGUCUCUCAAACAAGAUAGUACUUCAAAUAACUUCUGGGGCAGUGGCAAUACAAGUGGAAGUACAUUUGGAUCUUCUGGGUUUGGUCAACAAGCUACAACUCAAGCAUCCAUAUUUGGCAGUAGUGGCGGCAGUUUUAGUGCACCGUCUACCGGCCAGCCACUAGGCAGUCCUCAAGCUGGUGCCUUUGGAGGAGGAGAAGCGAAGUCAGUCUUUGGUACUCCUCAACAACAAACUGCACCAGCUUUUGGCGGUUCACCUGUAUUCGGUUCGAAGCCAGUUUUUGGACAAUCUGCGAGUUUCGGUUCGUCUGCUAGUUUCGGUGGCUUCGGUGGGUUGAAUAAGAGCCCUACUAGUGGAUUCGGAGCGCCGGCGACUUUCGGCGGAGCCCCCGCAUUCGGAGCCCCUGCCUUUGGUAGCACUUCACCAGGGAAAGUAUUCGGAGGUGCAGCAUCAACUCCUGGUUUUGGUUCACCAACGCAAUCGAAUUCAACAUUCGAAACUUUAGCGAGUCAGAACACGAUUACUUUCGGUAACUUGGCGCAACAAUCCGCUCAACAAAACCAACCCCAGCCUAGUUUCAAUACGUCACCAUCAUUCACUGGUUGGCGCGGCUGAUUGUACUACAAGGAGCGUGCGACGCGAAAGUCAAUACAAUUUUUUAUAUAUUUUAUCCUGUAUUUUAUAUACCAUGAUGCAAAUUAUCUUGACUUGGAGAUGUUAAGUGCUCACUUAAGCAGUCCCUUAGUGCAAAACAAA